AUGAACAAAUCUCCUCCAACAACAAGUAGGAGCAGUUCCAUCUUUUCUUUUCAAGAUCAUCUCGAUCAUCAUGACCAAUUAUGUUCCCCUUCUUUCCUUCUCCACUCGAUUGGAAAUGACAAGAGAUCAUCUCUUGUACCAUUGAUUGAGGAGGAAGUGGAUCAAGACGAAGAAUCAUCCUCGUCAUCAUCCUCAUCAUUCGGGAAACCAAUAAAAAUGAUUCAAAAUGGGUCAUUGAAUCAUCAACGACAAGCCUCUCAUUCGGUUCAUCAUCAUCACCCACAAGAACCACCUUCACCUCCGUUGUUGAAACAGGUUCAUUCGCUUCCGAAUGGACUUUCGGUAGGAUCUUCAUCGGCAAUGGUUGGAAAUUCAUUUUCAUCAUCAUCCGCUGGUGGUGGUGGUGGGAGUAGUAAUUAUCAUUCCAAUAAUGAUCAUAAUAAUAAUAACAAUUUGAUGAUGCCCAUGAAUCUUCCUUCUGAACAUGUUCAUCAUUCUCUUUCACAACCCUCUUCUUCCAUCUCGCCUAAAUAUAAUUCUCCUCCUUCAUCGGGACCAUUCAUGAAUCAUGGAGGCAACAACAACAUUGCAAACAGAUCUUCUUCCCCCUCUGUACAAAUGAAUCAAUACAACAACAACAGUAAUAAUAAUAAUAAUGGACAGCAUCAUAGACGUCAUGGUAGAAUAGGUUCAUCACCUCCGGCAAUGAUGUACAGUACAGGAAAAUUUCCUUCGAAUAUGCCGCAACCAUUUCAGAACAAUAAUAAUAACAAUCAACAACAACAACAGAUCAUGUACAACAAUACCAAUGGCAGCAUGUUGGAAGGAAAUUACCAUAAUAAUUUUAGUAACAAUCAUCCAACAUUCCAACAAUCACAUCCAUACGGAAACGGUGGUACUUUGAAUACUAAUAAUAACGGAGUAUGGGGAAAUUCAUAUCCACAACCAAGCACUCAUCAUCCACAGCAACCAACAUCAAGAGGAAGUAUUAGAGGCAAUGCCAUCCAUAAUCCUUCUCAAUCAUCCUAUUUCACAGAAUUACGAAUGGAAUUUCAAGCACUUUCACAACAAGCUCAAAAAUUGAAAGAUCAGAGGACUCAAUUGAGAAAUGAAUUGGGACAUUUAGAAGAGAUUAUAUUCAAAUGUCAGGAAAAGAAAUCUCUUUUGGAAGACAAAGAAAAGAGAUUAGACAAAUUACAAAAUAAUAUCAAACAAAAAUUGAAAGCUGUACAAGAAAAGCUUUUUAAACUUGAAGAUCAAUCCCCAAGAGACAAUAUUGAGGAUGUGAAAUAUAAUUCAACCGUUCUUACAACCAACGAGCCCGCUAAUAACAACCCAACAUCAGCUAACGAAGAGGACAAACGAGAGUGGACCUCAACAACUCCUCCAUUAGGAGAUGAAGCAUUAACUGAUGCUUUAUCUCAAACAACACAAGACAACCCUCUACCUCCUGAAAAUAACAACAAUAAUAUUAUUCCUGAUGGAAUUUCAGAGGAUGAUAACGAAUCUCAAAAUUUGGACGAUGUUCUUGAGGAUGAGAUGGAUGAUGAUGCUUGGAGUUACACAAGUGCAGGAAGCGAUUUAAGUAUUGCUUCGAGAGUUUCACUACCAGCCAACAUUUCACAUCACAUGAGUAAGGGAAAUCAAUACUACAACACAUUGAAUCAACAAGGAAAGCCACCAUCUUUGAAUAGGAACAAACACAGAGCUUAUCAUCAUCAUACUUUGGACGACGUUGUUUUUAAUACUCAAUUCAGAACUCGUUCAGCAUCUUUUAAUUUUCAACAGUCAUACGGACAAAUUACUCCAAGAACCUACAGAAAGAGAGUCUUAAAGGAAUUAGCCAAUUCAGACACACCGUUUGAUUUGUCUGAAUGUACUCUACGAGGUCACACCAAAUCCAUAACUGCCAUUCAUCUCAUUGGAUCAAGAUUUGUAAUUUCGGGCUCUGCAGAUUGUACUGUUAGAGUUUGGGACUUGCAUUCGAGAUCAUUAAUUCAAACUCUAACUGGCCAUACUGGUUGGGUUCGAUCUGUCACUUCAGACUUUUCUGACGUUUCAGAAUCAGACGAAUAUGAAAGACUGAUAGACGACUUGAAAUUUGUUGUCAGUGGUUCAGGAGACGGUACCAUUCGGCUAUGGGAUGUGAGCAAUCCUGACGUUGAGGAGAAGUGCGUUAAAGUUCUUAAGGGCCAUGAAGGGGGUGUGACCUGUGUGAAGAGUGAUAUCAAUGGAGUUAUUGUGAGUAGCAGUGUGGACAAGACAGUGAAAGUUUGGGACCGCAAUCAAAGUGAGUGCGUUCAAACCUUGAUUGGUCAUGAACGAUACGUGAAAACACUUCAAUUUAAAUCUCAUGCUCUUAUCACAGGAGGAGGUGACAAGUGCAUUCGCUUGUGGGAUUUGCGCUCAGGAAAAUGCACCAAACGAAUCAAUGCACAUGACACCAUCAACGUGUUACAAUUCACAGAUGAUCGCAUCAUUGUUGGCUGCCAAAGUGGACAAAUAUUGGACUAUGAUCUCAAAGCAGGAAAACUUUUGGAUAAUCUUGCAAGUCACGGUGGUCCAAUAUCUGGAUUGAAGUUCAUUGGUUCUAGGCUCAUCUUCUCCUCUACAGUACCAAUUACUUCUGCUUUCCACAGGCAUCACAUGAUUUCUAACAACAACAACAGCAACGACGGUCUUACAUCACCAAGAGUUGCAUGUAAAAUGAAUGGACGUUCUUUCCUUUGCCUAAAUCCAAUAGAGUACAAUUUGGAAACGAAAAAAACAACACGAGAAUUCUUUGGACAUGUUGGAUCUGUAAAUAGUUUAGAUUUUAGUUCAACAAAAUUAGUGACCGGAUCGACCGAUCAUACCAUCAAAUCAUGGGUCCUGUAG